CCCGUUUCUGAACCUUUCCUCCUUUCUUUCCCUCUUUCUUCCCUUCAGUUCGCCCCUACGGCGGGUCGUAGAACGAGUACGCCUUUUUCAGUCGGAAUCCCUGCGCUAGAACGCAGCCUUGGUCUCUUUCACUCGUUCUUUUCGUUCCUUCUUUUACAUCGGUGUUGGGAAAAGAGAAAUGGCGUUGUCAGCGAGUGCGCGGUUCAAGACGAGGCUCAGUGCUCUUGUUACUCGUAUCACACGAAAUCGCCUUACAUUUGUCUUCUUUCUAUUUGGUUUCUUUCACUGCUUUGUUCAGGGCAUGAUCCAAUCGUUCCAAUUCACUCUUGACGCGGAAUACAGCUCUUUCUUCACGUCGAUCACAAAAGCCGCCCACGUUGGCCCCGGAAAUCAUACUGAGGUCAUUCAACACGGGGACAGACAUCAACUCAGGCUUUGCGAUGAUCUCCCACAUAAUGACGGUUCUUGCACAAUCAUUUUCGAUUCAAACGAUCCCAAACCGAUCGAUAUCGACCAUAAUUCUGUUGGUCGUGGAUUGAUCGUGAAAGAAAUAAUUGGGAAAUCGGACACUUCUGCGAUAAACACUCUCACUGGCGUCACCUUGCAAUCCCCAAAAGGAAGCGUCGCUCUUUCGCAAACUUGUGUCAACAUGCUCCUCUUGCCUGCACAACGGACGCAGAAUUCUCGCAGAGAAAGCCUUGCAUUCAUGCUCAUACAAUUUUGGCUCUUUGGGAUUUCUCUGAUGGCGAUGAUACGAGAUUCUGUCCCACAUGUUUUGACAGGGCUGAGUGCUCGAAUGCUCCUUACUGCCUGGUCUACAUAUGCCUUGUGGCGCUCUCCCCAAUAUGAGCAAGUUUACCGUUCUUUGAUUGAGACGGCUGGUACACCGUGUUCAUUUGAAAUAUUCGGAGAGUACUUCCAAACCCGAUUGAAAUACGAGAUAAUUGAUGCCGUUCUGAAUUGCACCGCACUUGCGAUCGCUGCCUACUUGUCGCUGGCUUUGUUGAAGCGCUACAACGUAGAGUCCUUCAAUUACGUCGGGGCUCCUCCCAAGAUCAUUAGGAUUCAUAGGUAUUUCAUGGCAGUGAAAGUGUGUCUACAACUGGAGGCGUUUGUUUCUCUCACUGCAUUCGGGAUGUGGACGGAUCAAAUCUUUAACACAUACGUCGGGGAAAUUACUGACUAUUUCAAACUGUUCGAGGCCAUUUUCAUUAUCUGGACUAUUCUUUUGGUUCCUUGGAUAGUAACGGGAUGGUACGGAAUACGUUACGAGCAUCGCAGGGCCACGGUAAUCUUUAUUGCUGUGGCCUUCGUUUUCAUUGCUUCUUCGACCAUGCUGUUUUCUUCUCAAGUUUAUCGAUGGACUUAUUACUCUUGGCCGAACUUUGCAUGCUACGCCACGGCCUCUCUCGUCUUGCUCGUUGCAAGCUUCGUAUUGGCUAUCCUCUGCCGUAUGAAUUUUGAUCAAGGUCUUUCGCAAUAUCUCCACGCUGAAGCGGCGUUAGCUGGUUCAGACUUUGCUCAAGAGACCUUUGAGCAUGACAUCGAGAAGAACACUGUCGGAGGCAUGUCAGAUGAGAAAUCUAAGGUUUCUUCAGUAGUCCCUGUUCCGACUUACUACACGCUGCCUACGUUACCCAUGAAUUCAUCGGGGAAUAGUGGUCGCUCCUAGUGCUAUACUGUACUGUACUUCUGCCGAUGUCAUCUCUGCGCUGCGCGUUAACUUUUUUUUUUUUUGUUGUUUGUUGAAGUUCUUAAAUAGUGGAUUUAUUUGUUACUUAUAUACCAAUUUAUGGCGACCACUUGAGCGAAGUUUACGCUUUUACGCUCUUUUGUUUGCAAUUGCUUUCCCG